CUCUCCUCUACUCGCUCUUCUUCAUCACAAUAACAUUGGUACCUCCACUCUCCACAUUUAAUAACCAGAUCACUGCCUAUAACACCUAAAUCAAUUUAUAAGCGUACAAUUACAUCAGAUGACAAGCAAAGAAAUUAAGCUUUUUUGCAUUCUCGACGGCGAUUCAACCGCGUUUAAAGUCACAAUUGCACUAGAUGACGAUGUAGAUGAUCUCAAAAGGCCAUCAAGAAGGAGAAGUCAAAGACUUUAAGUGACAUAGACGCAAGCGACCUCAUCCUCUGGCGUAUCGCUACCCCUUCUUCCCCGGCAAGAACAAUUAGACUCAACAAUCGAACGAGCGAUGACACGAAGAACAUGCUACCACAGAAACUGGAAGAGUCGGAUGACCUCGUCUCGGACAAAUUCGAGGCUAUUCCUCAAAAAAAACGAUUCACGUCAUUGCCCAACUACCAGCAGCGGCGGCAUCAGCAGGAGCCAUAAAUGUGCCUUCUACUACCCAUUUUACAACGCCUAUUAGUCGACCCUCUUCUUCAUCUAGUGUCAUACUAGUCCUGAAAUACUAGAAUCUGUACACUCAUAAAAUAUUCAACCUCAUUUUGCAUUGGAUUUGUGCGAGCCACAUUUUAGUAUCAUGGAAAGAAGAUCUUAGUAUCACUUUCCAUGGGGUUUGUGCGGGUAAGUUUUAGGUUAGUAUCACUUGCAUGUUUAUUUAUGAAUGUCAACUCUUGUGUUAGUAUCACUUGCAUCUUUGUUUAUGAAUGUCUAGUAUCACUUCCAUGUGCUAUCAAAAAAAAAUGGGCGCUCGGGGCGGGGAUGGAAAUAAUACUAAUAUGCAUUUACGGGGUUCAUCUCCCAAAGUGCCUGAGUGCUCCAUAUACGCAUAUUCGCGUUCUCAGGAUCCAUAGAAAACCAGAUACUCUAUAGUAAAGUCCCUCAUUUCGGCCCCAAACGUGUUGAAACUUCUAGAGUCGAUAAAGCAACCGAAAAUAUAUCUUUCAAAACAGGAAAUUGUAUUUUGGGUAAAAAUUGAAAAUGUUUAUAUUCAAAAGUUUGAGAACUAGGGCAUCUUGAAGUCAAGGUUUCUACGGAAAUUGUCUAGCUUUUAGACAAAAUAUUGCAGAACCAUCAGAAUAUUUCCAAAACUGACCAAACUUUCCAAAAAGUAAGAAUAUGUAGUGCAUAAUAUAAUGUACUAAGGGAC